AAAACAUAAUCGAAAACUAACAAAGCUUUUUCAUAUUAAAUUCUCUGCGUAUUGUGUAAUAACGAAUUAUUCGUUAAUCGUUAUUCUGUUUCGGUUUGUCGAGUGCGACGUGUGUCGUAGUUCAAUAACUCAAUUUUUAUGUUAUGUCGUAGGUAGGUGUAAGUUGGUCAAUAAAUUUAGUGUUUAAAUUCAUAUGUUGUAACUAUACUUGGAAUAUAAUUCCCUAAACAUUUGGGAUUUCCAUUUUAAAUCUUUUAAAUUUAAUUUAAUAUAAAAAUUAUUUUGGUUUCGAUUACUACGUCUACAGCGAGUGAAAAUACUUUUGUCUUCUAUUAGUUUUAAAAAUUAAGAAUGGAUUCAAAUAACGUCAGUUUAAUUACAAAUGAAUAUGAUGAUGGUGUUGUAUGUUUUGGUCCAGUGACUGAAAGUCAACUAAAUAGAUAUAAUAGAUUACCACGCCGUACUGUUUUACCUUCAGAUUUUGAAUUGAGCCAAUCUCUUUUUGAGCAAGACGAAGAUGAAAAAAAUGAUAAAUCUACUGUUUUGGAUGUUUCUAAUAAAAACACAACAACAUGUGAAGAAGAUAAUUCAAUUAAUAUAACUCAAUCAACAAAUAAUUUUGAUAAAGAUAAAGAAGAAAUUGGUAAAAUAGAAUUAAAACAAAGCAUUUCUGAAGAUACUAAUUUAAGAUUUUCUUCGCCAUGUUCCUCAAAAUGUAUACCAAAUGCAAAAUUGAUCGAUACAGAAGUUAUUAAUAGAUACAUUAGAAUGGGAUCAAUAUCAUCAAAUGAAUCUUCUUUAUCGGAUGAUCAAAAUAAGUCUUCAUUUGAAGAUGAAACCGUUAGCUUUACGGAUCCCCAAGAAAUGCAAAACAAUUAUGACUAUGAUGAAACUAAUUCAUCCGAACACUUAUCUGUUUCGAGUAUAAUUGAACAAAGCACUAGUAUCCGCCAGCUAAAUGUGUUAGAUGAUUCUAGUAAUGUGUGCACUUUAAUACAUUGUAGUCAAAAAGACGAUACUGAUUUAAGUAUUUAUAGUGACUUAGAACUUGGUGAUGUUAGUGAAGAUUCAAUUGUUACUGAUGAAUAUAGUAUUACACCUGGAAAACAAAGAUUAUUUGAUUUGCGUGUCACUAAACAAUCGUUACGUGCUAAGACUCUUAUAGCAUCUGCUCCGUUUAUGGAUAGGAUCGAAGAAACUACAACUCCUAUAUUACCAAAAGUCAUUAAUUCUCCUUUCAUUUUAAAUGACAUCAGUAAUAGACAUUUGGAAACAAAAGAAAAAUUUAAUGAAUCAUCAAUUACUGAAAUAUGUCAUGGAACAUCUACUGAGAAUUUGAAUCAGACUUCUAAUGAAAAUGUAUUUGAAAUUAAUAAAUUGAUUGAUGAAAAUAAUGGAGAAUCGUUAAUAUCAAAUGAUUUGAAGGAUACUGUCUCUAUGAAUAAGAGUGCAGGUAUGGUGUUUGAUGAAAUAACAAACAGAAGUAUAGAUUCAAAUCAAUCUUUAAAUGAAACCGUUCAUAUCCAAAGUGGUUUAAAUGAUACUGAACACAAAUUUGAUAACGAAAAGUCAGUAUAUAAUAUGUCGAACAUAGCUAUACCAACAAGUGUAAAUGAUAAUAAUGAUUCAAAAAACUCAAUUUCUACAGAAGUUGAUAUUAAUUCAAUUAAUACCAGUGUAGUAGAUAAAAUAAUUGAUGGAACAAUAUAUGCAAAUAAACUUUCAACAAAUAACCAAGGUAUGGAUUUGAAUAAAACUGAUCAUACUGGAAGUAUUUUAAAUGUCACUGAGCAUGAAUUUGAUGAUGAAAAAUCAAUAAAUAUUGUAAUCAAUUUGGAUAAUCCAACAUCUGAUGCAAAUAAUUAUAAUGAUGAUUGUUCAGUGUCCAUGGAAGUUGAUAUUAAAUCAUCUAAUACUAGUGCCGCAGAUACCACAAUUGAUGAAACUAUGUUCACUAGCAAAAUUCUCGCAAACAACCAAAGUACAAAUUUAAAUUAUUCCUUAAAUGACACUGAGCAAGAAUUUGAUAAUGAAAAGUCAAUAUGUAUUAUAUCCAAUGUAACUAUUGCCCAAACUACUCCAACUUCAGGUGUAAGUGAUAGUUUUGAUGAAGUAAAAUCUAUUAAUACCAGUGUUGAGGAUAAAGUAUUUGAUGCAACAAUAUAUGCAAAUAAACUUUCAACAAAUAACCAAAGUAUGGAUUUGAAUAAAUCCAUAAAUAAAACUGAUUGUACUGAUAAUACUUUAAAUGUCUCUGAGCAUAAAUUAGAUGAUGAAAAGUCAAUGAAUACUGUGACCGAACUGAUUAAUCCAACAUCUGAUGCAAAUAAUUAUAAUGAUCAAGAAUACUCAGUGCCCAUGGAAGUUGAUAUUAAAUCAUUCAAUACUAGUGUCGCAGAUACAACAAUUGAUGAAACUAUGCACACUAGCAAACUUUCCACAAACAAUCAAAGUAUAAAUUUGAAUUAUUCCUUAAAUGACACAAAGCAAGAAUUUGAUAAUGAAAAGUCAAUAUGUAUUAUGUCCAAUGUAACUAUUGCCCAAACUACUCCAACUUCAGGUGUAAGUGAUAGUUUUGAUGAAGUAAAAUCUAUUAAUACCAGUGUUGAGGAUAAAGUAUUUGAUGCAACAAUAUAUGCAAAUAAACUUUCAACAAAUAACCAAAGUAUGGAUUUGAAUAAAUCCAUAAAUAAAACUGAUUGUACUGAUAAUACUUUAAAUGUCUCUGAGCAUAAAUUAGAUGAUGAAAAGUCAAUGAAUACUGUGACCGAACUGAUUAAUCCAACAUCUGAUGCAAAUAAUUAUAAUGAUCAAGAAUACUCAGUGCCCAUGGAAGUUGAUAUUAAAUCAUUCAAUACUAGUGUCGCAGAUACAACAAUUGAUGAAACUAUGCACACUAGCAAACUUUCCACAAACAAUCAAAGUAUAAAUUUGAAUUAUUCCUUAAAUGACACAAAGCAAGAAUUUGAUAAUGAAAAGUCCAUAUGUGUAAUGUCCAAUAUAAUUAUUGCUCAAGCUAUUCCAACAUCAGGUGUAAAUGAUCAUUAUGAUAAAGAAAAAUCUAUUAAUAUUACUGUUACAGAUAAAAGAUUUGAUAAAACAAUGUACACAAAUAGACUCCAACCAAACAACAAAAGUAUGAUUUUGAAUAAAUCCUUAAAUGUCACUGAGCAUAAAUUUGAUGAUGAAAACUCAAUGAAUACUGUGAUCGAUUUGGCUAAUCCAACAUCUGAUGCAAACAAUUAUAAUGAUGAAGAAUAUUCAGUGCCCAUAGAAGUUGAUAUUAAAUUAUCUAACACUAGUGUCACAGAUACAAUAAUUGAUGAAACAAUGUACACUAGUAAACAUCCAACACACAACCAAAGUAUGGAUUUGAACAAAUCCUUAAAUAAAACUGAUUAUACUGAAAAUACUUUAAAUGUCUCUGAACAUAAAUUUGAUGAUGAAAAGUCCAUGAAUAUUGUGACUGAUUUGGCUAAUACAACAACUGAUGUCAAUAAUUAUAAUGAUGAAGAAUAUCCAGUGCCCAUGGAUGUUAAUAUUAAAUCAUCUAACACUAGUGUUGUGGAUGAAAAAAUGUACACUAAUAAACAUCAAAUAAAUAACUCAAGUACGAAUUUUAAGGAGUCCUUCAAUGAUACUAAACACAGAUUUAUAAAUAUUAUCCAAAACACCAGUAUUCCAGCAAUACAUUUAGAAGAUAAAUUGCAUUUAAGUAAGCUGGAUAAGAGUAUCUUAAAAAAUACUAUUGUUUCUGAUAGUUCAUUGUUAGAAAAUAAUGAAGUUAAUAUAACUUGCAAUACAACAUUAGAAGACCCGUCAUGUAUGAUGAGACAAUAUUUAGAUUUUGAACAAACUGUAAAUGAAAUAUGUGAAGAUAUUACAUCAGCAAAAUGCCCAAAUAGAAUAUUGAAUAAACCAAAAGCUAGUUAUGACGAUGAAACGCUUGAACGUUUAAUUGAACAAACACUUUCUUCUGAUACAUUAAAUUCAACGAAUGUAAAUGCAAAUGUCUCAAAUUAUGACGGAUCAAAUUUAUCUGUUAUUAUUGAAAAUACAACUUUAGAAAUGUCUAGUAAUAACAUAGAGCAAAAUGAAGAUAUUUUAAAUUCUAAUAAUGAUGUACCUAUUACUUUGGAAUCUGAAAGUAUUGUAAAUGUAAUUAAAGAUAAUGAAUUGUUGAAUACAUCAACCGUUGUAAAUAUAGUUGAAUCAACUGUUGCUUCAAAAUCUGAAGUGGAUAUAGUGAAUGAAACAAAUAUUCAAAUAACAACAAAAGCAAAUGCAAGUAAUUUAAUGAAAAGUACUAUUGUAAGUUCACAAUUAGUUGAAAAUGUGAAUAAAAUAAAAAAUAAUGAAAAUUCAAUUAUUAGUGAUGAAUUAUCUGAAAUGAAAUUUGAUACAUUUAACAAAAUGGAUGAUCAGAUUACUAAUAUCACUACAAAACAAUUACUUGUUCCAGAAAGUAUCAAUGAAAAAAUGCAUUCUAACCAAAUUAAUUCAACUAACUUUGCUGCUUUUAAACUUAUUUCAGAAACAGAAAAAAAUGAUGAAAACUUUAUUGAUCAAGAUGACAAAGAUAAUACACUUAAUAAUGAUAAUCAACAACAAAAUUUAUUGGAUAUCACUAAAAGCAUUAAUAACAGCUUAGAAGAAUUUACAAAUCUUGAACAGAUGUUUAAUUUUGGUGACAAUCAAAAAGAAAAACAAGUGGAAUAUAAGACUCCCAAAACACAAAAACUAUUGGAUUUUAGUAUUAUUCAACAAACACCUACUUUUGACAACCAAGAAAAAAAACAGAAGCUUUUAAAUUUCAGUAUUGUUGAUCAAACUCCAUUUAAAAGUGCCCAACAAACAUACCCAAAUGAAAAUGUUAUCAAUAAUGACAGCUUAAUAAACUUUAGUUCAGUUGAUCAAAUAUGGAAUUCAGAAAUAGUUUCUAAAGAUGAAAUUAGUUGUAAAGAUUUUCAAAACUCUUCAUCAAAUAAUCUAUCAACAAUUUUAUCUCCUGAUGUAGAAUUAUUAACUGAUGAGUCAAUUAAAAUGAACACAUCACAUUUCAGUAACUUAUCUUUUAAUCAAACAAUAACCGAUUCAAAUGUAAAUCUGUCUAUUAAUUCUUGUGCCAGUAAUAAGACUCAAAAUAACAUAACGAAAUUAAACAAUGUAGAACUAUUGGUAUCGGUCGACAGACAGAUUGUAGUUGACAAGCUUUCCAAUUCUUUAAAUCAAACAACUAAACAAGAUGAGUCAAAUCAAAAACAUGAUGAACACUGUGUGGCAGAAAAAUCUACUAAAGAAGUUAAAUUGUUAUCAAAUAUUACUUCCGAUAAAAUCAAUGAUUCUGCCCAGGUUGCUGGGAAUUCAAACCAAGAACUGUGUAUUAACUCAAAUAAACCUGCCAUUGUAGAUUUCAGCAUUAUUGAUCCGAGGCAAUUGGAAGAUGUUGAUGUAAAAAACAAUACUGAUGUAAUAUCUGUAGAUUCUGAUAGAAAUCUUUCUAAUCUAAUUGAGAUGUCUCUUGUAUCAAUACCUGUUACUAAAUCUGAUGAACAACCAAUUAUUUUAUUGGAAAAUCCAGUAGUAGCUAUAGGUUCUGAUAAUAGAUCUAAAAAUUCAAUAGAUAAUAGUUCAGAUGAAAUUAAUAGUACAACUGUACAAUUUGAAGAAUCCGCAUUUUUGCACAAUAAUACUGAAUUAUUAACUGAUAUACAGAUGAGUGAUGAAUCGCUUCUUACAGAAACGCCAGAAAAAAGUUCAAUUAUUGAUUCUUUUCAUAGUAUUGAAUUAGAUCAUGUACAGGAAGAUAAUAAGAGGAAAAUUGAUACUACUCAAGAAUAUGACAUCAGUGAAAAGAAAAUGAAAGUAGAAACUGAGACAUUGAAGACACCAAUGUCGAUGCUCUAUAAAAUUAAAAACAUGUUCAGAAGCAGUGAAAAACAGCCAUCUUGUGCAAAUAAUACAAAAGAAAACAAUAUAAAAACAGGCAAAUGCUAUCAACAAUUAAACUUUGGAAAGUUUGAAGAAAAUAAUGAUAAUUUUACAAAACCUACACCUUUGAAAAAGUCAGAAGUUCUAACAAAAAGUAAAAUACCAUGCAAAGUCACUGACAAAUCAUCAAAAAAUGAUGAAUUUAAUAAUUCAUCUAUAUCGUCUCUUAAUGAUAGUAUUAAACAAAAAAAAACCAUACCUAAGUUCUCAGGAGUUCCUGUAUUAUCUGACGUAUCUAAUUCAACUAAUAGAAAAUGUGCAGAAAGUCGUAUACCUUCCAAAUUUCAAAAAUAAUGUCCAUCGCAAAAUAUAUUUAUAAUUUUUAUUUUAGUUUAGUUAUCUAUUAGGAAAAUAAGAAAAAUAUUUUGGCAAAAAAAAAAUGUCUUUUAA